AUGGUUCUUAAAAUAGCUGUUCUAGAUGACUAUCAGGGUGUAGCCAAAGACUACUUUGGAGCCCUGGGCGAAGAAUUCCAAGUCAGCUAUUUCAAGGAUACCUUGCUGCCGUACAAUCAUCCCGCAACCCCACAAAGCGUUCGAGAUGCCUUGGUGAAGCGGCUGGAGCCAUUUGAAAUCAUCAACACCACUCGAGAACGGACUCCGUUUCCCGCCGAGCUGGUCAGGCGCCUGCCAAGGCUGAAGCUUCUUCUCACCAAUGGCCAGCGCAAUCUGGCUCUCGACCUCGAUGCGUUCAAGGAGCGAGGCAUCACGGUAGCCAGCGUCGUGAAGCGGGCAGCCGAGGAUGCGCCAAUUGUGGACUCAACGCCGGAGCACAUUCUGACCUUGAUCAUGGCGCUGGCCAAGAACAUUGCCGCCGACGAUGCGUCCGUCAAGGCCGGCGGCUGGCAGACGGGAUUCAGCACGAGUCUGUCUGGCAAGACGCUUGGGCUGGUAGGUCUGGGACGACUCGGGGCCGUCACGGCCAAGAUGCUGCACGCCGCUCUCGGCAUGCAGGUGAUUGCUUGGAGUCCCAACCUGACUCAGGAAAAGGCCGACGAGCAGGCCCGAGCGGCCGGAUUCGCCGCCGUGCAGGCCGACGGACGGCCGACGUUUGCGAGCGUCUCGCGAGAGCAGCUCUUUUGCACGUCUGACGUGGUCAGCGUGCAUCUGGUGCUGUCGGAGCGCUCUCGCGGGCUCGUGACGGCCGACGAUCUGCACAAGAUGAAGGCCGAGUCAUUCUUUGUCAACACGUCGCGCGGUCCGCUCGUGGUGGAGAGGGACUUGCUGGAUACGCUGAAGCAGGGACGGAUUCGCGGAGCCGCCCUCGACGUGUUUGAUAUCGAACCACUGCCCGCAGACAGCGAGUGGCGAACCACGGCGUGGGGACGGGACGGACGCAGCCGGGUGCUCAUGACGCCGCACACUGGAUAUGUAGAUGGCGACGUGAUUCGGGAGUGGUAUAGACUGCAAGCCGAAGAGGUCAUGCGGUGGAAAAAUGGCCAAGAACCUGGCAUGCGUCUCGCGUAA